UUCAUCAUAAUAUAUAGCAAGGACUUAAUAACGCUGAUAUAAUCAUCUUCGUUUUAUUAAUUAUACACAUCCUACUCAGAGGAUUCAUUAUAAGAAACAUCUAAGAAAAGAUGGGAAACUGUUGCGUGGCGGCGUCAUCGAUGGAGUGGGACGGCGAGGACUGGAGUGAUUUGAAGUCGAAGAAGGUGUGUGAUGAAUCUGGUGCUAACGGUGGCCGUGGAUUGUGUUUGGGGAAAGUGCAGAAGGAGAAGCUUAUGGGAGCGGUAAGAGGUUCGUGUCCUGAUGCGAAUGGGAAGGUGAAGAUGGUGAUUUCAAAGAAAGAGCUGGCUCAACUGUUGGGUAAGAAAAGUACUUCUGCAGAAGCUGUUCUGCUUCGCUUGAUAAAAGCAAGAUAUCAGGAUUCUCGUCACGAGUUGUGGAGACCCGUGUUAGAGACUAUUCCUGAGGUUAGUUGAUUCCUUCAACACUACAACUGUGCAUACAGUAAUUGUAUAGAACAGUUAAGAAUCCAUUCAUUUUCAUGUAAAGUUGUAGGAUAGACAUAUCAAUAAAUUAUUUCAAUCCAUUUCGAUUUAUAUUACUCCACUCACAACUUGGGAAUUUAAACCCUAAUUCGCCUUACGCUUACUAUCCGUUUGUAUUGAGACCAAGAUUUCUUGAAUCUGGCUACUAAUACACUUCAUAGAGUUUCAA